CGAGACAGUUUGCUUUUACAGUCCUUCCCUCAACCAUGAUUCGUUCCCUCUCGCCAUUCCCAAGAUAAAACAACAACACCAAGAGAGAGAAUCAGAAAACAACAAAGUGAUUCUCAUUUCUCCCAAUGAAGUUAAUCGACGACGGCGCCGGUGGCCGGAAAGUGUUGGUCGGAGUUAAAUUAGAUCCCCGCAGCCGCGAGUUGCUGACGUGGGCACUCGUUAAGGUCGCUGAGCCCGGUGACCUCGUCAUCGCGCUUCACGUUCUCGACACCGUAACUGAGGGAACAUCGUCGUUGCUAUCUCUGGUGAAGACGUUCGAUUCAGUUCUCGCCGUUUAUGAAGGCUUCUGCAAUUUAAAGCAGGUUGAUCUUAGGUUGAAAGUGUGUAGAGGUGAUUCGGUUCGGAAGCUUUUAGUGCAAGAGGCGAAAGCGUUUGGAGUUUCGACGGUGAUUCUAGGAACUUCGAAAUCUCAUCAUGCAAUUCGGUCGUCUUCGUGGGUGGCUAAGUAUUGUGCGAAGAAAUUGCAUAAGUGUGUUUCUGUUUUCGCUGUUGAUAAUGGGAAAAUUGCUUUUCAUAGAGAAGCUAGUGAUAAAGAGAAAUUACAGGAACGUCCACAUUUAUCAUCAAAGUCGUUGGUGAUUUUUACUAAUAAAAGUGUGAAGAAUUGUGAAAGUUGUGCUCUGCGAGAGAUUUCUGAAACUGAAUACAAGAUUUCUGAAAAUGAAUAUAAUCAAGGGGAGUUGUUGCUUGAUGAUUGUGAAACGGAAAACCCGCUUGCUUUGGUACCGUUUGAAAAACACGAAGAUGAUUCCGUGGUGGGUAAUUCUAAACAGACAAAACCUGGUUGGUCACUCAUUCGAAAUGUAUUUCAGCACAAAAAGCAUACAGCUAAGUCUUCACCGAAAAAUACAUUUGUUUUUCAACGGGCAAUACGACAUUCCGGAAGUCAUUCUUCAGCUGUAGUCUAUCCGGAUCAUAAACAGAUUGAUGUUGAUCAAAUUGACGAGUCUACCCUGGAUGGGGAGAGUGGUGCCAUUGUGCCGUUUGGAUCUGCUAUUAUCUUACCUCCUCCCACCCUUUGCAGUGAUGGCGGUAGCCUUCCUGAAGAAUUGUUGGUUUUACGAGAGAAGUACUCGGCUUCUUGUAGAUUGUAUAGUUUGCAGGAACUUGUAGCUGCAACUGUAAACUUCUCAUCCGAAAAUUUGGUUGGCAAAGGUGGCAGUAGUGAUGUUUACAGAGGGUGUCUUCCCGAAGGCAAGGAAUUGGCUGUGAAAAUUUUGAAGCCGUCUGAGAAUGUUGUACAAGAGUUCGCUCAAGAAGUUGAGAUUGUUACAACUUUGCAUCAUAAGAACACAAUAUCUCUAUCUGGUUUUUGUUUAGAGGGAAACCAUUUAUUACUGGUUUAUGAUUUUUUAUCAAGAGGAAGCCUAGAAGAAAACCUUCACGGUAACAGAAUUGACUAUAAUUCAUUUGGCUGGCAAGAGAGGUACCGAGUGGCAGUGGGUGUAGCCGAGGCCUUGGAUUAUCUCCAUAAUGGCUGUGCUCAAGCAGUAAUCCAUAGGGAUGUCAAAUCUUCGAAUAUCCUUCUUUCAGAUGAUUUUGAGGCUCAGCUCUCAGAUUUUGGACUGGCUAGUUGGGGUUCUUCUUCUUCUCAUAUUAUUUGUACUGAUGUUGCCGGAACAUUUGGGUACCUAGCUCCUGAAUAUUUUAUGCACGGUAGAGUUACCGACAAAAUUGAUGUAUAUGCUUUUGGUGUUGUACUCCUUGAGCUUCUAUCCAAUAGGAAACCCAUUAACAACGAAUCUCCAAAGGGCCAGGAGAGCCUUGUUAUGUGGGCAACAUCAAUCUUGAAAAGCGGGAAGAUUUCCCAGUUGCUUGACCCAAGCCUUGGCAGUGAAUACAACGAUUGUCAGAUCAAGAGAAUGGUUUUAGCUGCUACUCUUUGUAUUAGACGGGUUCCUAGAUUGCGACCUCAAAUCCGAGUUAUACUGAAACUUCUUCACGGUGAUGAAGAAGUAACAAGAUGGGCAGAACAAGAAGUUUGUGCACCGGAGACACAUGAUGGAUUUGAUGAGGAACCAGUUCGAACAAAUAUCCAAUCCCACCUUAACCUUGCUUUGCUGGAUGUGGAGGAUGAUGCAGUUUCUAUCAGUAGCACUGAGCAGACUGUCUCAUUGGAGGAUUAUUUGCAAGGAAGAUGGAGUCGCUGCUCCAGUUUUGACUAAAUAUUUUCAUCAUGGUAUCGUCUGGAAAUCAAAUGCAUGUUUUGUUUAUAUUAUUUUGUUUUAUCAGGUUAGAUUUUCGAAAUUCUGCGGCAGCGCGGAUCUGGUCUUGGAAGAGAGGUCCAAAAAAUGUCCCCCUCCUUGACUUUGUAGCCAGUUUCAGUUUGCGUUAUACAGAAAGAUCUUAAGAGAAACAUUUGGCCUUUCUGGAGCAAACUCUUGCGGGCUAGCAUGUAGAUUUGGAUUAAGAAAAUGAAGAGUAUAUAUUCUCUACCACUAAAGAACGUCCUCGUGUCUUAGUUCUAUGGUGGUGCGUCCAAAAUUCACUUAGACCAUUGGUGUGUCAUGGUUGAUUAAGUUGAAACAUGACAAAUUUGAUCUUUCAUUGGAUUUAGAUUCUAUUGCGAAAUUGUAAAUAGAAUUUGCAGAAUGAGAUUCUAUUAUGGCUUUUGGGUUAAUCCUUUAGUUAAGUUGUUA